AUGGCUGCUUCUACUACUUCCAACCAAACCCGCUUCUGGCGUGACCGCUCCCCUUGUCCGGGACGUCCGUCGUCGCUGCUCUCAAGAAGAACUUUCGACAGGCGCAUUUCCGUUCUUCAAGACCAUGGAGACGUCUGGUGGAAGCACUUCCCUAGCUCCCAAGAGCGCAACCAGCCAACCUUGAGGGCCGAGGAGCCGGUCACGCAUAACUCAGGCCGCGACUCGACGUCAGCCGCUCCCAACUCAACGAUGUCCAGCCAGAGGACCGACCCCAUGGACAUUUUCGAGCCAUAUCCUAUCAGAAACAAUCCGACUCCCAGUCUCCAGGACGAAAAUGAAAGCUUCUUCAGCAAGAGUUACAGGGAAAAGCCCAAACGUCAGCAGCCGCAGCCUCUGUUCGGAUCCUCGAGCGCCAUGGUCAACGACAACAAGGACCACAGCACGGCAUCCGAGAGCCGACCUGCCACAACGAGAUCCAUCUCUUGGGCCCAAGGCUGCUCCCCCGCGGACCAGAAAGCCGACAAGCUUACAAGAGAGAGGGCCAACUCCCUGCCGCCCCCUUCUCAGGAGUCCGAUGACGAGGCUCCUACCUCUAUGACAGUCACUCCGGGUUCACAACAAACAAGGUCGACAGACCUUGUCAACCACAAAAGCGAGCACUCGAGCUCACCGCCAAGAAAAUGGCUCCAACUCGACGAUAUGAUUUCGGGGCCCCGCCUCGUUCAAGUCAAGCCGGGGCCUGGCUACGACGAGCUUCCCCCGCUCACGUAUGUGACGACUGACCCUGGGGUGGUUGACAGCAUCCCGCCCCUGGACGCGGCGACUCAAGCUCUGGCGUUGGAAGACUUGAGAGACUACGUCAGCAGCUCCUGUUCCUCGAGCCAGGCUAGUCGGUCGCCGUCUCAUGAGCGCGAGGAGACUAUUGAGAAGGAUGAUUGGGAGACCGACGACGAGGACCAGGUCAUCGAGGAUGAAGACGAUGAGUCUGAGAGUGAGCUGAAGUGGGUUCAGCGUGUGGAGACGAGAGAGCCGGAGAGAAUGGUGCAUCUCCUCAACGGCGAAUGUAUUCCGCUCUCUGCGUGGAAGAAGAAGCAUCGGCAUGGGAGGAAGUCAAAUUGGGGCAUGGUGUUGAUUGUUUCCAUGCUGGUGGUGCUCCUGGCAUUGUUCGUUACAUGA